CUGUCUUUACCUUCUUCUAUACACUCUUUCAUCAUGGUUGCGUUUCUCCAACUUCUUACAUUCGCCGUAGCGGUCGCCGCAGCUCCGGCUGAAGUUUCCCUCGACGUCGGUCUCGGCGGCAAGAACUGCGAUGGCAAGUUCGCUAGAACUCGCCCUUCUUCCAAGUCGCUGGUCGUCGAUGCUUCCGGCAAGCAACCCAACAGCUACCCCACGCUCAACGGCGCCGUCGCCGCCCUGAAGAACGUUACCGACGAGCAGAGCAUCUUCAUCAUGCCCGGCACCUACACUGAGCAGGUCCGCAUCCCCAACUACCUCGGCAACCUCGUCAUCCAGGGAUACACCUGCGACGCGCGCGACUACGCAGACAACCAGGCCACACUCACCAACAACCUCUCCCGCACCAUGGCCAACCUCACCAGCAACGACCAAACCGCCACCCUCCGCCUCUGGGGAGACAACAUCAAGAUCUACAACCUUAAUAUCGCAAACACCUUUGGCCAGGCCGACAAGAACGGCAUGGCCCUGGCAGUCAGUGCGCAGAAGACCAACCUCGGCUUCUACGCCUGCAAGAUCACUGGAUAUCAAGACACCGUCUACGCCAACGAGGGAAGACAGAUCUAUGCUAAGACCCUGAUCAACGGCGCCGUCGACUUCAUCUUUGGCCUGCGUGCCGCUGCCUGGUUCGAGAAGUGCGACAUCCAGACCAUCGGAAAGGGCUACAUCACCGCCAAUGGUCGCGACGCCGCCAACAACACCUCCUUCUACGUCUUCAACAAGGCCAACAUCACCGGCACCAGCGGAACGGCCUCGGUCACCCUCGGUCGUCCUUGGAGACCGUUCUCCCGUGUGGUGUUCCAGAACAGCGAGAUGAGCGAUGUUGUUGCGCCCGCUGGCUGGUCUAUCUGGGAUAAGACGCAGAGCACGGCCGAUGUCUACUACCGGGAGUUCCAGAACACGGGUCCCGGCGCAGCGGGUGUUAGAGCCAACUUCAGCUCCACGCUUACCAAGGCUGUUCAGGAUGUCGAACUUCUUGGCGAGGGAUUCAAGAAGGAGUGGUGGGUUGAUGCUUCGUACUUGUAAGCAGGGGGUCCGGUUUUUUUCUUUUUUUUUUUAAUUAGC